CCGGGCGGAAGUGCCCCGGUGGGGCGCUGACGCGUCCAUCAUGGCGGCCGCAGCCGCUUCCCCGGCUCUGAAGAGGCUAGAUCUCCGCGACCCCGCGGCGCUCUUCGAGACCCACGGCGCGGAGGAGAUCCGCGGGCUGGAGCGCCAGGUGCGCGCCGAGAUCGAGCACAAGAAGGAGGAGCUGCGGCAGAUGGUGGGCGAGCGGUACCGCGACCUGAUCGAGGCGGCCGACACCAUCGGCCAGAUGCGCCGCUGCGCCGCGGGGCUGGUGGACGCCGUGAGGGCCACCGACCAGUACUGCGCCCGUCUCCGCCAGGCCGGCUCGGCUGCGUCCCGGCCGCCGCGGGACCCGCAGCCCCAGCAGCCGUCCCAGGAGAAGUUCUACAGCAUGGCUGCCCAGAUCAAGCUUCUCCUGGAAAUCCCUGAGAAGAUCUGGAGCUCCAUGGAGGUCUCGCGGUAUCUCCACGCCACCCAGCUCUACCUGCUUUGCUGCUACCUCCACAAGCUGCUGCAGCUGGAAUCUUCCAGUUCGCGACACAGCCCCGUCCUCUCCCGGUUCCCCAUACUCAUCCGGCAGGUGGCGGCUGCCAGCCACUUCCGGGCGACCAUCCUGCAUGAAAGCAAGAUGCUGCUCAAAUGCCAAGCCGUGUCCGACCAGGCUGUGGCCGAGGCUCUGUGCUCUGUCAUGCUCUUGGAAGAGAGUUCUCCGCGCCAAGCCCUAACAGACUUCCUGUUGGCCAGAAAGGCAGCAAUCCAGAAACUUCUCAACCAGCCUCACCACGGUGCCAGUAUCAAGGCUCAGAUUUGCUCGCUGGUGGAGUUGCUGGCCACCACUCUGAACCAAGCGCACGCUCUCUUCUACACUCUACCAGAGGGUGUGCUGCCAGACCCCUCCUUGCCGUGUGGCCUGCUCUUCUCUACGCUGGACAGCAUCACUGGCCAGCAUCCUAGUGGAAAAGGCGUCGGUGUCCUGCAGGACGAGAUGAAGCUGUGCAGCUGGUUCAAACACCUGCCCGCGUCCGUCGUCGAGUUCCAGCCAGCUCUCCGGAUGCUGGCGCAUCCCAUCAGCCAGGAGUACCUGAAAGACACGCUGCAGAAGUGGAUCCACGUGUGUAAUGAAGACAUCAGACACGGGAUCGGCGGCCUGCUGAUGUACGUGACGAGCACGAAGGGGCUGGCAGGCAUCCGGGACGCCGUGUGGGGCUUGCUUGCCAACGAGUUAACCCACCGCAGCUGGGAUGUGGUCUGCCGGCGGCUCCUGGACAAGCCGCUCCUGUUCUGGGAGGACCUGAUGCAGCAGCUGUUCCUUGACCGGCUGCAGACUCUGACCAAAGAAGGCUUUGACUCCAUCUCCAGUAGUUCCAAAGAACUCCUCGUUUCAGCCUUGCAGGAACUUGAAAGCAGCAGCUCGGCUUCAAGCAAGCACAUCCACUUUGAGCACAACAUGGCUGUCUUCCUAUGGUCCGAGAGCCCCAGCGACCUGCCCUCUGACGCCGCCUGGGUCAGCGUGUCCAGCCGGGCUCCGUUUCCAGGCAGCGGGCUCUCCAUGAAGGCACAAGCCGUUAGCCCUUGUGUGCAGAGCUUCUGCUCCGCCCUGGAUUCUAAACUGAAGGUGAAACUGGAGGACCUCCUGGCCUACCUCCCCUCUGGUGACCCAUCGCCCCACCAGGAUGCCCCCCCCCCGGCAGCCGAGAGCUGCACCUUCGACAGAUUCGCAGACGCAGAGACCGUGCAGGAGACGCUGCGGACGCACUCCGUGGCCUGUAUCCAAGACAUCACGGACUGCAUCCAGGCGGAGCUGCAGAGCAUCGAACAGGCCAUCCAAGGGCAGCAGGACGUCCUUGACGGGGCCAAGCUGCACUCCGCCCUCUUCAUGGCCCGACUCUGCCAGUCCCUGGGGGAGCUGUGUCCCCACCUGAAGCAGUGCAUCCUGGGAAGAUCGGGGAGCCCCGAGAGGCCCACCCGGGACUCACGGGCUCUGAAGAAACAGGGGAAGGGGAAGGCGCAGGAGGUCCUCCCCACACAGGCCCGGUGGCAGGACGUGAAGGAGCUCCUCCUGCAGCGGAGCGUGACGGGCUACCGGGUCUGGGGCUCAGCGGUCGUGAGGGUUCUGGUUCAUGGAUUCGCCCAGUCAUUACUCGUAGACGAUGCUGGCUCCGUCCUGGCCACGGCCACCAGCUGGGAUGAACUGGAAAUCCAGGAGGAAGCAGAGUCUGGCAGCAGCGUCACGUCCAAGAUCCGACUCCCUGUUCAGCCGUCCUGGUAUGUACAGUCCUUCCUGUUUAGCUUGUGCCAGGAAAUUAACCGGGUCGGAGGCCAUGCCUUGCCCAAGGUGACACUGCAGGAGAUGCUGAAAAGCUGCCUGGUUCAAGUAGUUGCCGCCUAUGAGAGACUCUCAGAAGAAAAACCGGUGAAGGCCAUCUCCCUUAAUGGGUGGGGAUGGGAAAUUCAUUUGCAGAAAGAAGGUGCCUUUCCCAUGACCCAGAAUCGGGCACUGCAGCUGCUUUACGAUCUGCGUUACCUCAGUGUCGUCCUGACAGCCAAGGGUGAAGAGAUGAAAAGCGGCCGCUGCAGACAGGACCCCAGAGUCGAGAAAGUGGCCGACUACCUGGAGACGCUCAUCGACCCAUUUGACCUGGACGUUUUCACCCCCCACCUGCACAGCAACCUCAACCGCCUGGUGCAGCGGACCUCCGUUCUCUUUGGACUGGUGACUGGUUCGGAGAACCAGUUCACCCCCAGGAGCAGUACGUUCAACUCCCAAGAAGCCCACAACAUCCUGCCGCUGGCGUCCAGCCAGAUCAGGUUUGGGCUUCUUCCAUUGAGCAUGACAAGCACACGAAAGGCCAAGUCAGUGGGCAGAAGCAUGGAGACCGCAGCCCAGCGGCAGGCGACGCCCCCGGCGCUCUCCCGAGCAGACGACCCCAGGCAGGCCGGCUCCCUGUUCAGGCAGCUGGUCGCUGACGAGGAAGACUCGGCCGCACCCUCGCUGUUCAAACUCGGGUGGCUCUCCAGCAUGACCAAGUGACGAGGACGCUCCGUCUCUCUAAAUAAAUACUCCUGUCUUGUUUCUCCUA